AUGCCCCGCGGUCCCGCGGCCGGCCUCGUCGUCGCGAGAGGAGGCCGCAGGGGGCGGGGCGUGUGCGCGGACAAACGGAAGUGCAGGUGACGGUUGAGGCUUUACCGCCAAGCUGGGAACCGGGGAGAUGGCCGAGACUGACCCCAAGACCAUGCAGGACCUCACCUCGGUGGUGGAGACGCUCCUGCAACAGAUGCAAGACAAAUUUCAGACCAUGUCCGACCAGAUCAUUGGCAGAAUUGAUGACAUGAGCAGUCGCAUUGACGACCUGGAGAAGAACAUUGCAGACCUCAUGACACAGGCUGGGGUAGAAGAGCUGGAAGGUGAAAACAAGAUCCCUGCCACGCCGAAGAGUUGAAGGUUGCUAAUUCCCCCUGAGAUCCGGGACACCGUUUUUACAAGCGAAGAGAAGACCGAAUGGCUUUCUGAAGCAACUACUAUGCGUAGACAGGUUUUCUAUUAGAAAGCGUGCGUUCUUAUCACAUACUAUCUAGUUAGUUUAUAGAGUGAUUCUCCCCCCAGUUUCUUGAACAUGGUAACGUCACAUCUUGGACCUUGGUCAGUCGUGCUGUUAAAUAUUAAACACUAACACUUUGGCGGUUCUUGCAUAAGAUUGUCCAGUUUUUUAGUGCAUAUUUGUGAAGUCAUUGUUUUCUACCAUUCCUUUUGCAGUAGUUGCUGUUUGAUGAAAGUUGCUGUGUAAAUUUUUAUUAGGCAUACAGUAGGCCCUUCAGUUACAAUCAGACUUUGUGAAGGAAGACAUUUGGCAAGUCGGCGACUCUCUGUCAGCACAGUGACUGUUGAGCCAGCACCGAAUAGCAUGUUGGUGAUUCUUUCCAAAUGGUUCAAAAUAUGUAAACAUUGUUCCUUCAGAAAUCUCUGGCGCUCCCCUGCUGCCACAACUGAAAGUUGAACCGCAGUUCGAUGUCGUAAGGCUCUGAGGUCAGAGGCCAGAGUAACGAGGAGUGACCGCGACCGUCUCGGUGGUCGGUGCGUUAGAAUCCUUACAUCUGGAAAACGCCAGAACUGCCUAAUGUAACGGAGGCGCUUAUUAGUUAGAGUUUUGCAUGAGAUUUGAGUCCUCCGGUCGCCCCUGCGCUGGGCGUCUGCAAUAGUCCUCGUUGAAAGUCUGGCAGGAUUUUACGACCCCGCUUGCCCUCUGUUCUUGGAGCUACUGACCGGGAGAAGGAACAGAACGGAGAGCAGACCGUGUUAAGUCCGAGCCACUCGCCUGGCCAGCAGAUGAUAAAUGACUCCUAAGAGGCUCAAGUUUUUAAGAUACACUGUUUCUUUAAGCGAUUUCUUACCUAAAUUGUUAGAGUCAUGGUUUUAUUAUUGUUCUUAUAACUCUUGCCGCUCAAAACGGCAGUGCCCCGAGCACUAAGCCUAGAGGCCGGCACUGACUGUGCGGGACACCGUGUCAUUGUCACAGCGACGUGACUCUGUCUCCAAAAAAAUGGGACAAGUUGAGGGAUCGUAUAGUGCUUCUUAGAGAGAAACCCUGAAUGAACAGUGUGAGUUUUUUUAAAGUUUCCUAGGUCACCAGUCGUGUUUGUACUGCAAAUAUAUAUUAUGAAGAAAUCAUUUGUCCUGUGUAUAGCUGACAUAGGUAACCCGGAGGAGGAAGUUUGCUGUGAGCUGAGUGCUGACCCCCUGUCCCUGCCACAGACACUCCUCUGAGGCGCCAGGCCAGGCUGAGCCGGUGCGCCCCCGGCCCCCAGCCUCUGGCCACCGCGCGCUGCGUGCAGGGCGCCGCCAGGCCUAGUCAGCGCCAAGUGCAAGUGGUGCCGGUCACUGUCGGGAUUUAGGUAGGAGUUGUCUUCCUCCCGUUCACACCAGAUGUCAGGGGCAAGGGCUCCUGACCGGAAAUACCUGCCGUGAAUAAAGGUGCCUGAAAUCCUG